AUGUUGAAGGACCACAACACUAGAGCCCCUUCCUCCUUCAAGCCAUGUCUUUCUUUCUACACUGGUGAAUUGCCCUCUCUCAACUCCGCCUCGGAAGAUCUUCUAGUUCAGAUUUCAUUUCAGCUCACACUUGCGAACUUACUGCACUGUCGCACUGAACGAGGUGAACCAAUUCCGAAAGAUUCGACGGCCACUCAUGUGGAACUGUUAAUCGAGAUAAGGGAUUCCAGUGAUACAAGACUUCCUACCAAUAUCUCUGAUAGUAGGAGUUCUAAAAGUAACGCAAAAGAGACGGAUAGCCCAUCUCAUUUUGGAUUCAGAAGAAAACACUCCACGUUCAACCACAUUUAUGUCCUCAAUCAAGUUGCGAAAAAGAGCACUGAAUAUUAUUUCCAGUUUAUGUUGCUAUCAUUGGUUACAGAAAAGUUUUCGAUAGCCUCGAGUGGUCCGCGCCCUUCAAAGAGAUAUCUACAUCCAGAGCUGAUGGUGAUGUUACAGAGGAUCUAUGAAUAUUAUUCCACGUUCUUCAUCGUAACUCUCAUCCAAUUCCAUUCACCAUCAAAAGAGAAGUCAGACAAAACAAUGAGGCAUAUAGGGUAUUGUGUGAACAAGGGAUUGAAGGCAAAGUAUUAUACUUUGUGUUUUGAGCAUGCAGGUGAUGUCACGCUACUGGCUUCGUCGAGUACGAUGCUUGAAAACGUGCUUCAACUCUUGCAGAAUGCAUUCACUAAAAUCGGACUCAUUCUGAACCCUGAAAAGUGUGAACUAUUGACGAACAGUGAAACAUCCCAAGAACAGCAACCCAAUCUGCAUUGGUGGAAGAACAGAACAACACAGCGCGUAUCAUGA